ACGUAUACUUUUAUCUUGUGAGGUUUUAGGCUGCUCUCUUACUUCUCCAGUAAUUCAAGUGGUACUCUAGGAGAACAAGUACUGGCUGGUCUUUAUAUAAAGGACCGCCACAUUGAAAUAAAUUGCAAGCUCCCAUUCGCCUACUCAUCCCGAUAACCACAACUCCCUUUCUUUCAUCUAAAUCAAAGUUGACGACAACACUUCCUUUACCCUCUCCCGACGCUGCCAGCCAGUGUCUCAUUCACAUCGCUUCUCUUGCCUACUCCGACACCUACUAGUUCUCACGGUUGCAUUCUUCUCCUAAUUACGCGUCAACAAGAGCUCGUAUGGUAACUCAUACGAUUGCCGGAAGGCUUGGUUUUGGUCUCCUGUUUAUUGGAACCUUUGGCAGGCUGCUAGCCGCCUAAAUGAGAUUCUUAUCUCUUUCUGUGAUCAUUUAACAGCAAAGAUCAUGUACUAUAUUAUACUUUGAGCGCUUCUACACUAAGAAUUUUGUCCCUUUGGAGCCUUUUAAUUGCUUCUUGAUAGACAUAUAGAAAUUAUCCCGGCCUCCAAGAUGAGUAUCCUAGCAUGGAAUUGUCGAGGCUUUGGUAAAGCAUUGGCAAGGAAAGCACUUUUAUCCGUUGUCCAUACUAGAUGUCCUACGAUUGUAUUCCUUUGCGAAACAAAAUGUCGUGAUAGGAAAGUUAAAAAUCGCCUGAGUCGAUUAGGAUUCAAAAAUUGCAUCAUUGUUAGCCCGGUCAACACUGCCGGAGGCAUGGUUGUAGCAUGGACUCCCGAGGUUGAAUGCAAUCUUUUAUCUCAAUCCCAAUCAACUAUGUUUGUAGACUGUACCCACCCUGUCUAUGGGCAUGUUCUAAUCGUUUUUGUGCAUUUGGAUUGUACUGAAUUUUGUAGGCAAAUGCAACUUAAUGAAAUCAACCUUUUCCUUUCGUCAUGCAUCAUUCCUUAUAUGGUGAUUGGAGAUUUCAAUUGUCUGUUGUCUACAACGGAAAAAAGGGGUGGCAGACCAGUUUCUCCACAAUCUCUUUCCCAAUUACAAGACUUUGUUACUGUAGCUCAACUACAAGAUGUCGGAUUUCAUGGUCCGCCAUUUACGUGGACUAAUCGCCGAUCUCCAGAGCACCAUAUCAUGGAACGUUUGGACCGAUGUCUUGCCUCUAAUAGUGCCAUGAUAGCCUGGCCAGGUAUGCAAGUCUUCCAUCUCUCGGAUCUAGGUUCUGAUCACCGUAUGAUUCUAUUACAGCUCCAUCAGGCAGCAGCUCGGACCCGAGCAAAUUUUCACUUUGAUAGCCGAUGGGUGGAAAAUGCGGAGGCAAAGGUCAUCAUUAUUGCUUCAUGGCAACAGAGAAUCAGUGGUACUUACCAAUUCCAACUUCAUAUCAUCCUCAAGUCAUUGCGACAUCAAUUGCACUCAUGGGCGUCCAAGGGUACAUCUAACUCGGCGCGAACUAUCCGUGAACUGCAGGACGCGAUUGAAGUGCAAAGGAAUUUUCCCCAGGUUGAUUGGGCCACAAUUUCUACCCUCGAACAACAACUCUCUACAGCUUUCAUCGAGGAAGAAAAGUACUGGCACCAAAAGUCUCGCAUUGGUUGGUUAAACGAGAGUGAUUCCAAUACAAAAUUCUUCCAUCUUACAACCCUCAAAAGACGUCGAUGUAAUCGUAUCCUCCAACUGAAGGAUGAAUCAGGGAACAUCGUCACUGACGAGGGCUCCAAAGGGAGGAUCUCAGUUGCCUACUUCCAAAACCUAUCCACCUCAGAGGCCAAUCAAGUUGCCCAAUUUAUGAAUAAUUUGGUAUUGCAUAACGUACUUACCCCUGAACUUAAUGGUAUUCUAACCUCUCAAGUAUCUCGUGAUGAAAUUCGCAUUGCUGUUUUCAUCAUAGGGGGCUCACAAGCCCCGGGCUCAGAUGGCUUUACGGGCCUCUUUUUUCAGUCCUUUUGGGGACAAGUGGGGGACUUAGUUACUGCUGCUGUCUUGGAAUUCUUCCGUACAGGCCACCUACUCCCCAAUUUUAAUCAUACUUGGGUGACCUUGAUCCCCAAGGUGCCCAAUGCAGAGACCAUGCAGCAGAUGCGCCCCAUUAGCCUAUGUCAGGUUCCUUAUAAGAUCAUUUCAAAAAUCCUAACAACAAGACUUAAAGAAGUCCUCCCCCAGGUCAUAGGACCCUACCAAAAUGGUUUUGUUAAGGGUAGACUGAUUUCAGACAACGUCCUACUUGCUCAAGAAGUAAUACAAUUUCUUAAAAUUAAAUCACAGGGACAAGAAAAGUGGAUGGCGCUCAAACUUGACAUGGAAAAAGCAUACGAUCGAGUUGAAUGGGAGUUCUUAUUUGCUGUAAUGAAGCGACUUGGUUUUACAGACCAAUGGCUAAAGUGGGUUUGGGAGUGUGUUUCAACCGUCUCCUUCUCGGUACUAGUCAACGGCUCUCCCCAUGGAUACUUCCAUCCGCAACGUGGCUUACGCCAGGGAGAUCCCUUAUCCCCUCUUCUAUAUGCCAUUUAUACUGAGGCGUUCUCGGCAUUAUUAAACCAAGCAGUGCAAAGUAAUUUUCUUCAUGGCCUCAAGAUACAUAGACGUUGCCCGGUAGUCUCUCAUCUCUUCUUUGCAGAUGAUUCUUACCUCUUCCUCCGUGCAUCUAUUCCUGAAUGCCAAAAUCUACUAGCCUUACUCUCCACAUAUCAGCAAGUUAGUGGACAAAAGGUUAAUCUUCACAAAUCUACAGCCUUAUUCAGUGCAAAUGUCUCGGGUAGAGAAGCGCAGGAGAUAAUGACAAUUCUAGGAGUAUCUGCAAGUGGUGAAGAUGAUCGUUAUCUCGGCCUACCGGUCCGCUUAGCCCGCUCCAAGCAGCAUACAUUCCAAUAUAUAGAAGAUAAAAUGUUACGUCGGUUACAGAUUUGGAAAUCACAGUCCAUGUCACUAGCAGCUAAAGAAAUAGUCCUCAAGUCUGUGGCAUUUGCCUCUCCUAUAUAUGCCAUGUCUAGCUUUCGAUUCCCUUCCCUCUUUUGUAGGCGGCUUAAUGGUCAUUUGGCACGUUUUUGGUGGGCGCAACAGGAUCGUGAGAGUGGGAUGAAAUGGACAUCUUGGAGAGCUCUAUGUCGACCGAAGAUAGCAGGAGGGCUUGGGUUUCGUGAUUUAGAUAGCAACAAUGUUGCCCUUCUAGCAAAACAGGCGUGGCGAAUUCUGCAAAGUUCGGAGAGCCUACUAGCUUCUAUUUACAAAGGUCGGUAUUUCCCUUAUUCUUCAUUUUUACACGCUCCACAAGGAAAUCGUCCAUCUUGGGCAUGGCAAGGAAUCCUCAUAGGGCGAAGUCUCUUGCUCAAAGGACUUCGAUGGUCGAUUGGAUCAGGUAUUUCAGUUCAUAUUACUGAAGAUAUUUGGCUCCCGACUACCCCUCCCUCCUCCCCGAAGCUAUUGCCACAUGUGUCUCCUCCUUCUCCACACGUAUCUUGCCUCAUCGACCACUCUUCUGGCUCCUGGAAGGUACAACUUCUCCUCUCACUAUUUGAUGCAACUACAGUUCAGACUAUCCGAAGUAUUCCACUCCCUAUUUUCCCAGUACAAGACCGACUUGUGUGGCACUAUGAAAAAUCAGGUCUAUAUACAGUGAAAUCUGGAUAUAAGAUAGCCUCUGAAGAUUUUAUUCGAGAUUUGUCUACCAUCCCCAUUGUGUUUGAUCCCCAAUCUUGGAAAUUCCUUUGGGCUCUCCCGGUUCCUCCCAAAUUACGUUUCUUCAUGUGGAGACUAAUCCAAGGUUUUCUUCCUUUGAAAGAUAUUCUGCGUGAUAAAAAGAUUAUUGAUGAUGAUGAUGUAGAGGCAAUCAUGUGUCCUAUUUGCUCUACUGGCCCUGAGACUCUCCGACAUACCUUUCUCCAUUGCAGAGUAGCGGUGGAACUAUGGGAAUUGGUAGGUCUAACUUAUUUGCGUGUGCAGGUUGCUCAUUCCCAUAUAGCUAUUGGUUGGCGGUGGUUUUUCUUUGAUGCAGGUAUUCCAGUGGCUAUCAUCACCCGACUAGUAUUCCUGUAUUGGCGGAUCUGGAAAUCCCGAUGUUCGACAGCUUACGACAACACCCAAUUUCUUCCUUCAACAAUGUUUCGACAGAUGGAAUCCCAAGUUGCUGAAUGGACUUCUGCCCAAGAAGCCGCUGUACAAACCCGUCCUAUUCCUCCUAUUCCCCUUAUGAGUCGCAACCCAGGACCACCGACCAUCCCAUCCGGAGCUACACUUGUCCACUUCGACGGAGCUACCAAGGCUUCAGUGGGUGGAGCUAUUGGUUUUGUUGGGUUCUCAGGGAAUCAAUUAGUGAUCUUUGCUUUUGGGCGAUUCUAUGAUUUUAUAAGUGACCCCUUCCUCAUUGAACUUAUAGCUCUGAGAGAUGCCCUCCGAUGGUGCUUAUCUCAUUCCAUUACUAAUGUAAGUUUCUGUGGUGAUGCGCAGGUGAUCAUACGGAUGGUCAACGCGAAGGAUACGUCGCACGCUUUGGGUGGUGCUCUUUUAUCUGAGGUCCAGACCCUUCGCUCCUCUCUUCAGCGUGUCUCGUUCCACUUCGCACCUCGUAGGUAUAAUAGGGCUGCCCAUUUCGUGGCAAAACAAGUCCUCUUAUCGUUGGAUCGCCUCAUGGUUGACCAACGCUCCUUCCUUUCCUCUAUUUUAUGAUUUGACCUGCAAAGGUCCCUAUGAACUCGUAUCUUGUCGUCUCCCUUUUGGGAUACCUAUGGCAAAAAAAAAAAAAAAACACA